AUGGCUCUCUUUGAUGUCUUCGUCUUCAUCCUAUUCUCCUUCCUUUUACUCCCUCUUCAACCAUCGACAAGCGUUGAAAUUUGCCGUGUUUUCUGUGGGGGGCAAUGGAUUCGCUUCCCUUUCAGUCUUAGCGACGAAGCUGAUCGUUGUGGCUAUCCCCGCUUCAAUCUCUCAUGCAGAAAUCAGGCUCUAACAGUAAUCACCCUUCCGUUUGCCGGUGAAUUCAGAGUCGAAAUCAUCGACUAUUGGGUUCAAAGUAUAUGGAUCAACGACCCUGAUUAUUGCACCCCAAGACGUUUCCUUAAGGGUCUUAAUCUCUCCCAUACUCCUUUCGAGCCUGUACAUCCUCAAAACUACACGUUUUUGAAUUGCUCAGCUGGUGUAUCAACACAACUACCCGAAGCAAGGUACAUUGAUUGUCUUAGCGCCGAAACUUUCUCUGUUGUGGUUAUUCCAACAAAUGUUCUCGAUUCGUAUGCAUCCUUAGUAUCAUCGUCGUGUUUGAAGAUAGCCACGGUUCUAGUUCCAUCUUGGGAUCCUAAUUAUGGUAUGAGAUUGACAUGGAAUGAACCCGAUUGCAAAUUCUGCGAACGCAGUGGAGGGGCUUGCAUGUUCAAGAGUGAUACAGGUCUGGACGUUAAAUGCUACGGCGGUUUUAGCCCCGGUCUCCCAGAAAGUGCUAAAUAUGGCCUAGCGUUUGGCCUGGGAAUACCCCUCCUGUGCAUCGCCGGGCUUGUAUUUUAUCUCCGUAGGAAGGUUAACGAUUACAAUCAUCAUCAACAUCCCAGUCCGGAAAUCUCCAUUCCAGUCGCCCCACGCCGACUAACGACCGAACCCAAAGGUCUUGAUGGACCAGCAAUUGAGGCCCAUCCAACAACUUUGCUCGGUGAAAGUGGAGAAUUACCAAGGCCUAAUGACAACACUUGCCCCAUAUGUCUUUGUGAGUACCAAGCUAAAGAGAUGAUAAGGACCAUCCCUGACUGCAAGCAUUACUUUCAUGCGUCUUGUAUUGAUGAGUGGUUGAAAUUGAAUGCUACAUGUCCAGUCUGUCGCAAUACAACGGAGCGGUCUGCUCCCUCGGCUUCUUCAUCCUCUUCUUCAUCUUCAUCCCACUAG